AAUGGAUGUCUGUUCGAUGCUGUCCUAACUAGCUUUUGGAAGUGAAACCAUAUGGUGAUCGUGAAGGCCAUUGAGAGUUGCUGUGCUUAUAAAUUGGACUCAUUAAUGGUCUCCACAAAGUGAAAAGUUCCUCCAGCCAUAAGCUACCAGCAGGUUUCCAAAAACAAGCAAAUAACUGUUUUGCGUUGGAAAAACGUGCUUUUGAAGUAAGCUGUCAUCAAAUUUUGAAGGUGGGAACUGAAGAGAGAGAAAGAGAAAGAGAAAGCUUUCUAUCAUGUGUAGUCUUCAAAGCCACCACUUCCAUGCGAUGGCUCUCGCAGCCCCUUCAGCUUAAAUUUGAAGCAGCCACAAGGCCUUAUUCUCCUUAUAUAUCUCUAUAACUUUCAGAGUUUUCUAUAUUUCCUUCUCUCUCACCCUUUCGGUGUUCACCAUAUUCUGGAUCGGUUUUAAUUUACUCUUGGUGAUCCUUCAUUUCAUUGACUUUUCUUUCAUUUGAUUUUUAUAUCAUGAUUUAUGAGUCUUUAGAUAUUUUAUUACAACUUAGAAAAUAAGUAUAUAUGUUGCUGAUAGUCUUUAUAACUUAAAUUUGAAGCAUUACUCCCUUUCUAAAAGCCUUAGCCUAUAAGUAUUCUUCUUUACGAGUAUCCACUUGUUAAUUUUUUUUUUAUUUUUUAAUUCUUAUUCUGCUAACCCAGAUCACAGAACUAGGGAAUUAUCUUUUUUCUUUGGCCUUAAAAAAUGAAGAGUUCAAAUAACCAACAUCUAUUAAAUUCUGUUUCCAAGCAUGAUCAUCUCCAUCUUGUUCGUUUACUUUCCUAUCUUCUCCUAUUGGGGUGUGGUGUAACCAUUGGAAUCAUCAUCAGUUUCUAUCUUAAAAGCGGCACCUUUAGUCUACAAUUCACUCAAUUCUCACACUAUACAUCACAGAAACCACCGCCACCACUGCCGCCACCAAUUGCAGGACCAGAAAUGUCCAACCUCAGUCAUGUAGGAUUGAAAGAGUUAAUUGAGCCUUCUUAUGUUGUGCAUGAUAUGAAUGAUGAAGAACUGCUUUGGAGAGCUUCAAUGACUCCUAAGAUCAAUGAAUACCCUUUUGAACGAGUUCCCAAGGUGGCAUUCAUGUUCUUGGUAAGGGGUCCUGUGCCUUUGGCUCCUUUCUGGCAGAAGUUCUUUGAAGGGCAUGAAGGGUACUACUCUAUUUACGUGCAUUCCAAUCCAUCUUACAAUGGAUCAGACCCAGAGACUCCAGUUUUUCAUGGCAGGAGAAUUCCCAGUAAGAAAGUGCAAUGGGGCAACGUCAACAUGAUUGAAGCUGAGCGUCGCCUGCUGGCCAAUGCACUUCUUGAUUUCUCAAACCAAAGAUUUGUUCUAAUAUCAGAAUCCUGCAUUCCUCUCUUCAACUUCUCAACCAUCUACUCUUAUUUAAUAAACUCUACCCAAAAUUAUGUCAUGGCUUACGAUGACCCUAGUGCAGUUGGACGUGGACGGUAUAGGAUCCAUAUGUUACCUGAGAUCACCCUCAAACAAUGGAGAAAAGGGUAUCAAUGGUUUGAAAUGGACAGAGAGCUUGCACUUGAAGUAGUAUCAGACAGAACAUACUUCCCAGUUUUUCAAAAGUACUGCACUGGUUCAUGUUAUUCAGAUGAACACUACUUGCCAACAUUUGUUAGCAUCAAGUUUUGGGAGAAGAAUUCAAAUAGGAGUUUGACUUGGGUUGACUGGUCAAAGGGUGGGCCACACCCAGCUAAAUUUGUGAGACCAGAGGUGACUGUUGAGUUCUUGGAGAAUUUGAGGAAUCAGACAUGCCAGUAUAAUGGAAACAGCACAAAUGUUUGUUUUCUGUUUGCAAGGAAAUUCUUGGCUAGUUCGUUGGUAAGGCUCAUGAGGUUUGCUCCGAAGGUCAUGCACUUAUAAUAGAGUAAUAUUACUCUGAGUGCAAAAGCAAAGUUACCACUAAAACAAUGAUUUAAUUCAUUCUUUUCAUCCUUUAAGUGUAUUCAUUUUCUGGUAUAGACUCAUUCUCCAAUCAUACAGUCCAUUAGCUUCAUGGAUCUCAGUUAAUGAGCUUUUGUAUAGGGCUUCAUGUCUCUGUAAUAGUAAGUUAAGAUUCAGAGACCAUUAAAUGUAUUAAAGGACAGCUUCGUUU